GUCCUGGCCAAGGUCACACUGAAGCGUUGGUUUUAAUUUGUUUGUAUCGGCGUCGGUUGACUUGAAUUAUUGUAAUUUGUCGUACUUGUGUUAAAGUAAUUCAAUUGUGUUUACAAAACUAGAUAAAAGAGAUCGUGCAACACGUCGAAGGAACCCCGACCAAUGUUAAGCAAAAUGGCCAGCAACGCAAGUGGUGGAGGAGGUGGGUCUGCAGGCAGCGGCCCGGGACGUCGUCUGCCGCUCUCGCUGAGCGGUGGCACCACCGUUUCCCGUCUGCAGUCAACCGGCAGCAAUGGCCGCUCGAAUAGUCCCCAGAAUGGCAGCAACAAGAAGAUCACAGACUCCUUUGGAGUGGCAAAAAAGCCAGGCCAACAGCGAUCUUCUUCGACCAGCUCCUCCUCGUCGACCAAUUCCAGUCAGAAUGGCGUCAACAAGUCCACCAAUGGCAAGGAGAAACCCCAAAACGGUAGCUCCAAGGAUCAAAAGGAACAUAAAUCUAAAGACAAGGUUCCUGAAAAGAAGGAAAAGGAGUUGGAUCUAGAGAAGAAGGAUAAGGAGGUUGCAGCCGACAAGAAAGAUAAGGAGGUGGAAGCAGAAAAGAAAGAAAAGGAGGUCGAUAACAAAGAUAACGAGGUAGUGACUGAAAAGAAGGAUAAGGAGGAGGUAGCCACCAAGGUAUCGGCCUCCGACAGUAAGGAAACCCAGGAACAAACCAAAAGGGAAGCUGUCGACGAUGUUGCUAUACCUUCUGCCAAACCAGCUCCGGCUGCUGUGGUCUCCGAAAAUGUCGUCGAGGUCAUCCCAGAGCAAAUAACUCCUUCCAAGGAACGCAAAUCGACACGCAGUUUGGGCAGCCAGCAGAAGUCGCCCACCAGCAAGCAAAGCUCUGCUUCGCCAGCACAGAAGAAACAAACAGAAGCUCCACAAGAAGAUGUGGAUAUGGAACCACUACAGGUGGAUGCAUCACCCAUCCGCAGCGUUAUUGGCAAUCUUAAUGCCCAGCCGGCGGCCACUUCCACGCCCGGCCGCAAUCUCUUCGGUUUCCGCAGCAGCAGCAAGCAGAGCACCGAGGUGGAGCUGGCUGCCCAGACCUCCAGUUCGCCGGCUGGUACUCCGGCUCGCACUUUUGCCCAGAUUAGCGGCAGGCGUAGCAUACGACCUAUCGAGUCGCUGACGCCCUCGAAAGUGGGCACUUACCGGUGCGGCAACAGCGAUUUGGACACCUCGAACUGCACAAACGCCAGCAUGAACGCCACCGUAGGAUCGGAGAUCCCCAACAGCUCUUCAUUUUCGUUCUCGUUCUUUGGCCGUGGCCGGAAGCGCGAGCGCACUCCCCCGCCACUUUCGGCAUCCCAGUCGACCAAUGAUUUGGGCCAAGAUGUGGAAAUGUCGCCGCCAAAGCGUGCUCGUUUCGACCUGUUCAGCUUGAACCUGGCCUCGCCCUUCAGCCUUCUGCGCUCUAGAUUCUCCAAGGCGACAAUAAGUUCUCCCACACGUCUUCAACUGGAACCAAACGUGUCCGGCGUGGAGGAGCAACAAGUGCAUUCAUCUUCGGACAGUGGGCCAGAAGAGAUUGUCGUCGAGGAGGAGCAGCCCAGCAAGGAUGUGACCGUGGGCCAGGAGGCCGGUCUAGAGACGCCGAAAAAGGCCGGCUCCCCUGCUAAGGAAAUUCCCGCGGAGAAGGGAGUGGAGGGUCAGGAUGCUGAUGGCCAGGAUGUCGAUGACACACCCGCCGACGGUGAAAAUAUUCCCCCGGUUGUGGAGGCGGACAAUGCUGUGGAUGCCGAUACUCGAUCCCGCUGCUCGAUUAUGUAAUAAGACAAGAAAAAAGACCCUUCCCUUAGGUUAUAAAGUAUAUCUUAGCAUAUCCGUUUUUCCCUCUUUUUUUGUAAUUUGUGUUCAGACGUAUAAUUACAUGUUAAGAGAAAGAACUUUCGCCACAAAAUUGGUAGCCAGGCCUGAAAAGUUAUUUUGCCAUCAUAGAAAACCUUGACCAGGACUGAGUUUUAACCGAAACAAUAAUUGAUUCCUUGCUGGUUGGCUGCUCCUUAUGAAUUUCUGAGAUGCAACCAACCAUUGACGAAUCGAAUAAUCGGUACCCAGGUAAAAUGGGUACCGAUACCAAACAAAAAACAAUUUUCUAGCUCUUCCUGUAUAAGGGGACUCUUGAAAAGUUUUAUAUUCAAACAUAGGCUUUGAAAGAAUUUUCGCUGAAAAAAAAAAAUUGUUUUCGAAUAUUCAAAAGAAAAAGGCUUUUUGAUUUGUAAAAAUGUAACCCGUAUAUAUUUCAUAAAUAAAGUACAUUUUUAAAAGAAA